UGACUGCAUGUACAUCCAUCAAGAUCCACAUUAAGCAAGUUAUUCUUAGAUUCAGAACAGGAAUAUUGGUGAGUGAAGAAGAAUUAAGAAGAGAAGCAAGAAUAGUGUCAUAGGAUGUAUGUGACUAGGCCUUUGUCUCUGUAUAAGAAAUCUGCAGAUGCUCUCUCAUUGCCUCCACCUGAGGGCCCCAAUUCUGGUAUUUUGGUGAUCCAAGAUGAAGAUUUGGUGCCAACCUCUUGUUUUGGGUUGGGAGAGUUCCAUGAAGUGAAGGAGUUGCCUUUCCCUCAAAAUCUAAACCUUGAGUUGUUCUAUAGAUCAGGCAUUUCACUGAAUAGAACCACUCACUACCACCAUGUUGCCUUCAUUCCAGUUCUUAACCAGCCCUUGUCUUCCAACAAAUACUAUGUGAUAAAUCUCAGUGGGAAAAAAAGAGGGGAGGCAUACAUUAACUCAAAGGGGGAAGAUUUGGACACAUUCUGUUUCUACAAUGCUGUAUCUGAUGUACCACUACAUCCAAUAGUUAUCAAUGACACAUAUCAAGAGUUUGAGAUAUUUCCUAGAAGAAGCAAAGUUACUUUCAGGAGUGGUUUUUCAGCUAAAUCUGUUGCCCCAGAUGGAUACCCUCCAAGAUUUUUGAGUACAAGGUGGAAAGUGAGUGCUUCAACUUCAAGUGAUUCUAGCCUAGGAGAAGCAUCAGGUGUGAAUGAAACCCUCCGUGCCAGCAAGCCAGAGUUCCAAUUCUCCUUAGCAAAAAAGAGUUCAGAUAGUGUUGUUGUGGGAAAAUGGUAUUGCCCCUUCAUGUUUAUCAAGGAGGGAACUCACAAAACAUUGAAGGAAGAAAUGAGAAAGUCAAUGUUUUAUGAGAUGACACUGGAGCAGAAAUGGGAGCAAAUCUUUUCAUGUGAGAAUGAGUAUGGAAUGGGAAACACUGUGAAUGUGGAUGUUGUGGUUCAAAAGGAAGUGGUUGUAAUUGCUGGCUGGGAAGCAGUGAUUAAUGAGAUGGAUAUUGCUGAAGGUUUUGUGUGGUUUAAUAGUGUCAACAAUGUUGGAGAAAAGAGUAGUGUGGGAUUGAGCACUGCAGUAGUUGAGAGAAUGAAGUGGGAGCAGGAAAGGGUAGGGUGGAAUGGAGGAAUAGAGAAGCAAAUUAGAGUUAAGAAAGUGGAAGAAUUUGAAGGCACAAAUGGGUGGAAGAAAUUUGGAUGUUUUGUGUUGGUUGAGACUUUUAUACUAAAAACAUUGGACGGAAGCAUAGUACUAACCCAUGCUUUCAAACACCAUGAUCAACUCAGGAGUAAAUGGGAAUGAAGAUUUCUGGAAUUGGUUUUAGACCAAGCAAAACUCGUCCAAAUUUGUUUGCAAGUGUAUAUCCCGUAGGUCUUUGUGAAAGAAAAGAAUGACUUAUCUUGUAGUAUGCUUCCAAUUUUGUAAGAUUUUGUUGACUAAGUUUGUUCAUUCAUUCAGUUUUUUCAGUGUAAUCAUUUUGAUAUUGCAUAAAGAUUAUAAGGAUAAACUGUCGAGAUCAUUCUUCAUGUUCUUUUUGCAUCAAGAGCCCCAUGGUUGAUAUGGUUCAAUAUAUUGGAUUAAGUAUUGAAUCAUGUGCCUCGAGUAAAGGGAUGCCUGUAUUGGACCAUGAGACUAAAUCUCAGAUGUAUCGAGUCACGAGCUUCGAAUCUGUCUCUAAACAUCUCAAGGAAAAAAUUGUGUUUCCUGAAGAGAUACCUAUAUAUGAGGAUAAACCACAAAUGUAUUGAGUCACGAGCUUGAAAAUUGAAUGCAUUGAAUUGUUGAGCAAAA